AUUGUCCCAGCGUGCCCUGCGCCUCAGCCCGCGCGUUCGCAGUUUCUCGCUCUCGCCUGCUCUCCCGCUCCCUAGCUUGCUCGCGCUUUUGCUCGCGGUCUCUUCGCGGAUCGAAGGGGUUUCUGACCACAGCUUGUGGCUGAGAAGGGCGACAGAGGCGGCGGCUCAAGAGAAACGAGGCUGCGGUGGUGGUGGGAAGAUGUCGGGCGAGGACGAGCAACAGGAGCAAACUAUCGCCGAGGACCUGGUCGUGACCAAGUAUAAGAUGGGGGGCGACAUUGCUAACCGGGUACUUCGGUCUUUGGUGGAAGCAUCCUGUUCAGGUGUGUCGGUACUGAGCCUGUGUGAGAAAGGGGAUGCCAUGAUAAUGGAAGAAACAGGGAAGAUUUUCAAAAAAGAAAAAGAAAUGAAGAAAGGUAUUGCCUUUCCCACCAGCAUUUCAGUAAAUAACUGUGUAUGUCACUUCUCCCCUUUGAAGAGCGACCAGGACUAUAUUCUCAAGGAAGGUGACUUGGUAAAAAUUGACCUUGGGGUCCACGUGGAUGGCUUCAUCGCUAAUGUGGCUCACACUUUUGUGGUUGAUGUAGCUCAGGGGACCCAAGUAACAGGGCGGAAAGCAGAUGUCAUUAAGGCAGCUCACCUUUGUGCUGAAGCUGCCCUACGCCUGGUCAAACCUGGAAAUCAGAACACACAAGUGACAGAAGCCUGGAACAAAGUUGCCCACUCAUUUAAUUGCACACCAAUAGAAGGUAUGCUGUCACACCAGUUGAAGCAGCAUGUCAUUGAUGGAGAGAAAACCAUUAUCCAGAAUCCCACAGACCAGCAGAAGAAAGACCAUGAAAAAGCAGAAUUUGAGGUACAUGAAGUAUAUGCUGUGGAUGUUCUUGUCAGCUCAGGAGAGGGCAAGGCCAAGGAUGCAGGACAGAGAACCACCAUUUACAAGAGAGACCCCUCUAAGCAGUAUGGCCUGAAAAUGAAAACUUCCCGUGCCUUCUUCAGUGAGGUUGAAAGGCGUUUUGAUGCCAUGCCCUUUACUUUAAGAGCAUUUGAAGAUGAGAAGAAGGCCCGCAUGGGUGUGGUGGAGUGCGCCAAACAUGAACUGCUACAACCAUUUAAUGUUCUCUAUGAGAAGGAGGGUGAAUUUGUUGCCCAGUUUAAAUUUACAGUUCUGCUUAUGCCCAAUGGCCCUAUGCGGAUAACCAGUGGUCCUUUUGAGCCUGACCUUUACAAGUCCGAGAUGGAGGUCCAGGAUGCAGAGCUCAAGGCGCUCCUCCAGAGUUCUGCAAGUCGGAAAACCCAGAAAAAGAAAAAAAAGAAGGCCUCUAAGACUGCAGAGAAUGCUACCAGUGGGGAAACUUUAGAAGAGAAUGAAGCUGGGGACUGAGGUGGGUCCCGUCCCCCCAGCUUGCCACUCCUGCCUCAUCCCCUUCCCACCACACCCCAGGCUCUGUGAAGUGCAGUUCGACUUUUCCACCCAGGACCGCGAGCAGAGCGGGGUCUCCCUGUCCUCCUCCCAGUCCCCCAUCCCAGCCCCUUCCAACAACAACCAGCUCCAACUGACUCUGGUCUUGGGAGGCCAGGCUUCCCAGCCACCGAAGACUACUUUAAAUAGAAAAGAGAAAUUGAAUAAUAAAAUCAGGAGUCAAAAUCCA